AUGGGAGAUGACGUAGUGUGGAGCCCUGAAGUGAAGAUUGUCAUGAAUAAUAUUCUUACACGUCACAAAGGUACUAUGAUCGGCAUCGCAAGGGGAGUCCUCGAAUUCCAAGAGAGCGUUCGAGCACAGUACGACGCCAGAUGUACUCUCCUACACACCCGAGAAAGCGUACCGGCUAUUACGGAGAUCGAGCGGAAAUUGGAUGAUUUCUUUUCCACUAGGAUUUCCUGCAGGUUGAUCAUUUCUCACGUGCUGGCCUUGAACGAAGCUAAGGAGGAGAACUGGACGAGGGAGGGUUUGUCGAGCCCGGGGGAAAAGAUGCACAUGUUGAACGAAAAACCACGUGUUGUUGGUGCUCUCACAACGAAUACCCUGCCCGUCCUGGUCCUCCAGCAGGCUUAUGAAGCUGCUAAAUAUAUGUGCCGUAGGGACUACAACGGUUUAGCGCCGGAUUUAGUGGUUAACGGAAUGUCAUUGGAGGAGUACCUGACAGUAGCCCCGCCGCAGAGGAGUUUUGCAUAUGUUGCCCAACACUUGUUUUAUAUUUUUCUGGAGAUUCUGAAAAAUGCCAUGAGAGCUUCAGUUGAAAAAGCUUUGUUCGACAAUGGUGGUGACUAUCAGCGAUGCUUAAACGCUGGAUUGCCCCCGGUAGCAGUGACCUUACCGGACCUCUCCUCAAUGUGGGAUUCCGAGAGGACCAUCAAAAUCGCCGAUCGAGGUUACGGUAUGAAACGCGAGAUUUUGAAAAAAGCGAGUUCUUAUUUUUAUUCGUCGGCGACUCAGAAGCCAGACGGCACGCAGGAACUCCCCGAUUUUGACUCGCGCGCGCCCCUGGCUGGUUUUGGUUUUGGUCUGCCAAUUUCUACGGUCAUGGCCAGGUACUUUGAUGGUGACUUGGAAGUCAACAGCAUACCAGGAGCUGGUAAGACUAUUGCCGCUUCACUAGACAGUGGAGUUCCACUUGUUUUACGUGAAGUGAUGCUGUGA